AUGGUAUUUUUGUUCCAUCUAGACUCAGUAUUUAGAACAAGGAAGAAGUUUGUGGCUGGGCCAUUUGAGAUAGAACCUAUCAGGGUGACCCAUUCUAUUCCUGAUUGUUGUGGACUAGUUCUUCGCUAUUCUGAUGGCACUAUUCUUCACACUGGGGACUGGAAGAUUGAUGAGACACGACUAGAUGGGAAUGUUUUUGAUCGGGAAGCUUUAGAGCAACUCUCUAAAGAGGGAGUAACAUUGAGUGUACUCUCACCUGGUAGGACAACCAGUGAAUCAGUUGUAGCGGAUGCAUUGUUGAGGCAUAUUUCAGCUUCUAAUGGAAGGGUCAUUACCACCCAAUUCGCGUCAAAUCUACAUAGGCUCGGAAGUGUGAAAGCAGCUGCUGAUUUAACUGGCAGAAAGUUGGUAUUUGUGGGCAUGUCCUUAAGGACAUAUUUAGAUGCAGCUUGGAAGGAUGGAAAGGCUCCAAUUGAUCCAUCCACUCUGGUGAAAGCAGAGGAUAUUGACGCUUAUGCUCCAAGGGAUCUUAAGUUAUGGGACAAAACUGUAUUCACUCCACAUUUCGAAAACCAAAAACAUAAUUAA